CUCCAUACAACCAUCUAUAUAUCCUUCUCCUUCUCCUUCUCCUCCUCCCCCUUUCCGUCUCUCCUCCGUCAUGUCGUCCAAUCAUGCCUCUCUCGAUGCGGCGGCCACCGACCGCAAAGCACGCCUUGCAAAGCUCGCCGCGUUGAAACGGAAACAGCCUGAGCCUGAGCCGGACACUGAACCAACGGCGGGUGAUGAAACCGAACCUGCCACCUCAGACGUCACCCGAAAGUAUUUGUCCGGGAGAAAUUACGACGCAGAGACCCGGGGCCCGAAGCUGGGGUUCGACGCGGCCCCGAUAGAGGGUCAGCUCACAUUGGAAGCGCAGGCCGCUGAAAUUGCAAAGGCCACGGCAGAGCAAGCCCAGAAGGAUGAGGCAGUGGACCAACCGAUCGAUCUCUUCAAGUUGCAGCCCAAGAAGCCGAACUGGGAUCUGAAACGGGACCUGGACGAGAAGAUGAGCAUCCUCGAUGUGAGGACACAGAACGCCAUUGCGAGACUCGUACGGCAGCGGAUAGAGGAUGCGCAGCGCGCCGCUCAGGCCAAGGGCACCGGGUCCAACGGAGGCGGCCACGGCGAAGAAGUGGGAAUUGAAGGCGAAAUGUUGGUCGAGGGCAUCCACGUCCGCGAAAGGGAAGAGGAGCGCGAGCUGGAGGACGAAACGGCAUGAUCUUGAUACCCCCGGGAAAACAUGUAUGAUAGCAGUUGCGACGUUACUUUUACUUCAGGCGCUCAUCGUGGGGAUUUUUGGGACGAGUGUCGCCCGGCGUUGAGGAUUAUUUGCCGACAUAUUUUGUUGGGGGAAAAAUUACU